AUGAGACUCCUUACCCUCCUCAGUGGGUUGCUUUGCGCUUCUUCUGCGUUGGCUUUCAAAAAGCCAACCAAGCCUACGCUUCCCAGGUCUGUAAUUGAGAGGCGCGUAGCCAACCAGCCGUUCUCACACCCAGAGAUCCAGAAGCGAGCGUCUCGUUUCCUGACGGACAAGACCGAGGCUUUCGCUGUCAAUGGUUCUGGCAUUCCAGAUGUUCCGUUCGAUAUUGGCGAAUCUUAUGCCGGACUGCUUCCCAUCUCUGACAGCCCCGACGAGACCCGCAAGCUUUUCUUUUGGUUCUUCCCUUCAACGGCUACACAGACACCUGACGAGAUCACCAUUUGGCUUAAUGGCGGUCCCGGUUGCUCCUCGCUCUCCGGUUUGUUGACUGAGAAUGGACCUUUCACCUGGGAAGCUGGCACGCUCGCGCCUGUCCAGAACCCCUACUCAUGGACCAAUCUGACCAACAUGCUGUGGGUCGAGCAGCCGGUUGGCGUUGGCUAUUCCCAAGGAAUCCCUAAUAUUACCGAUGAAGUCCAACUUGCUGCCGAGUUCCGCGGUUUCUACAAGAGCUUUGUCGACACGUUUCAAACGAAGAACUGGAAGACCUAUAUCACAGGAGAGUCGUAUGCUGGAUACUACGUCCCAUACAUUGCUGAUGGGUUUAUCUCGGCCAACGAUACCGACUACUUCAAUCUGGCCGGUAUCUCCAUCAAUGACCCCAUCAUUGGCGACGAGACCAUCCAGCAGCAAGUUGUUAUCCUGCCAUACGUCGAGUUCUGGCAGAACCUCUUGUACCUGAACCAGACAUUCCUUGAUCAGGUUCGCGAUCGUCAGGACUCGUGCAACUACUCCUCCUACAUCGACACCUACUUCAAGUUCCCGCCGCCACAAGAACCCUUCCCCGUCCUGCCCGAUCCCUACAACUCCGACACUUACGCGUGCGAUAUGUUUGACACCUUCUACGAAGCCAUCCUCGAAGUCAACCCCUGCUUCAACAUCUACCACAUCACCGAGACCUGUCCGCACCCGUACUCUCAGCUUGGCAUAGUAAACAGUGGCGACUAUUCUCCCCCAGGUGCCUCCAUCUACUUUAACCGUACCGACGUCAAGAAGGCGCUGCACGCCCCUCUCAACUCAAACUGGCAGCAGUGCACCGACGUUAACGUAUUCGGCAAUGGCACGAACAGUAGAUACGCUUCUGAUCAGUCCGUUGGCCCUGCCAACAGCGGUGCUCUCCAGCGCGUCAUCGAGUUCACCAACAACACCAUCAUUGGCUCCGGUGAUCUGGACAUGCUCCUCAGCACCAACGGCACCCUCUUCGCUAUUCAAAACAUGACCUGGAACGGCGCGCAAGGGCUGUCAAAAUACCCAACUACGCCUCUUUACGCGCCAUACCACCCAGAGUACAACGGUGGCGCCCUUGCGGGCGCGGGUGUUCAGGGUGCGUGGACUGCUGACCGUGGAUUGACGUUCUAUACUGCUCGCCUCGCUGGCCAUGAAUUGCCCGGCUACACUCCAGGCGUCGCAUACCGUAUGCUUGAGAUUCUUCUUGGGAAGGUGAAGGACUUCAGUAGUACUGAGAGCUUCACGACUCAGACUGGUAACUUUACUGGUACUAGCCCUAUUUACAGGAGACAUUAUUAG